GGCAGCGCCUCCCCCCCGGCUCAGCCUAGCUCCGCCGCCCGCCUCGCCCCCGCGUGGCCUCUGCUUUCUCUGUCCCUUGGCUCCGGCCUCGCAGAGUCUGCAGCGGGGCGCCGGGAAGAUGGCGGCGCCGGGAGGCCGCGCGGGGGACGCGGGCCCGGAGCCGGGUCCCUCUGCCGGGGCGCCCGGGGAAGCCGCGGAGCGGGUGAUGCAUCCCGGGGAGGUCUCCACUCUGCACCCGGAGGAGGUGGCCGCGCGGUUGCAGCGGAUGCGGCGGGAGCUGAGCAAUCGGCGGAAAAUCCUGGUGAAAAACCUGCCCCAGGACAGCAGCUGCCAGGAGGUUCAUGAUCUAUUAAAAAACUAUGAAUUAAAGUACUGUUAUGUGGACAGAAAUAAGCGGACAGCUUUUGUUACCUUAUUGAAUGGGGAGCAAGCGCAGAAUGCAAUUCAGAAGUUUCAUCAAUAUUCUUUUCGAGGCAAAGAGUUACUGGUGCAGCUCCAGCCCACAGACGCUCUGCUGUGUGUCACCAACCUGCCUGUCUCUUUUACAUUAGAAGAGUUUGAAGAACUUGUUCGUGCUUAUGGAAAUAUCGAGAGGUGUUUUCUGGUCUACAGUGAAGUUACUGGCCAUUCCAAAGGCUAUGGGUUUGUGGAGUACAUGAAAAAGGACUUUGCUGCCAAGGCGAGGCUGGAGCUGUUGGGCAGACAGGUGGGAACGUCAACACUCUUUGCACAGUGGAUGGAUGUUAAUCUAUUGGCCUCCGAGCUCAUUCAUUCUAAGUGCCUUUGUAUAGAUAAACUCCCUAGUGACUACAGGGAUUCAGAAGAGCUGUUGCAAUUUUUUUCCAGUAUCCAUAAACCUGUGUUUUGCCAGCUUGCACAGGAUGAAGGGAGUCACAUUGGCGGCUUUGCAGUAGUUGAAUAUAGCACUGCUGAGCAUGCUGAAGAGGUUCAGCAGGCGGCAGAUGGUGUGAGCAUCAAGGGAAGCCAAAUCCAGCUGUCCUUCUGUGCCCCAGGAACACCGGGGCGAAGCACGUUAGCUGCACUCAUAGCAGCUCAGCAUGUGAUGCACAGUAAUCAAAAGGGACUACUUCCAGAGCCAAAUCCAGUACAGAUUAUGAAAAGUUUAAACAACCCUGCCAUGUUACAAGUUCUUCUGCAACCCCAGCUGUGUGGACGGGCCAUUAAGCCAGUUCUCGGAGCACCACCCAGCUUGUCUCAUCUGCUGAGCCCAUCCCUCCCCUCUGCGCUGUUACACUUCAGUAAAGCACAACAGAGUUCAGUUCUGGGUAAUGCUUCUCACUUCCUCCUUCAGAAUCUUUCUCAUGUACCCCUGGCACAGCAACAAUUAAUGAAGUUUGACAAUGUCCAUACUAAUAAUAAGCCCGGCUUACUGGGAGAGCCUCCCCCGAUGGUGUUGCAGCCUGCCCUGGCAAUAGGGCCAUCGCUUCCACUGAAAACGGACCUGGGACACCAUGGAGAAGCACACAAAACGCAGACAACACUAGCAGCUGGGCUGGGCAUCAUACCGUUCUUCCCCAACCAGCUCAAGGCUGGACAAGCCGGGCCCGGGCACGGGACCCCUCAGGAGAAGCAGGCGGCCUCGGUGGGGAUCACAGAAGCCAAUUUCUCUGGGUCACAGCAUUAUCUGCAGAGCUUUUCGGGCCUUCCUGCUGGAGGCCUGCUAACCGGCCACCAGAAGAUGCAGCAAAGCCAGCCAAAGGGCACAGAGGCUACCUUGAAGAGUCAGACUUCACUCUUGGGAGAGCCACCAAAAGAAAUUCGGCUCAGUAAAAAUCCAUAUUUGAAUCUGGCUAGCGUGUUACCCAGUGUGUGCUUACCACCUGCAGCAAGUAAAGCCACUCCACAGAAGACUGGAAUGACCAGCCACAUUCUGGAUGCACUCUCUCAGGGAAGUGACCCGCAGCAAGCACUGGAAAAGUGCGUCGCUUAUUCCCCAGCUUUGGGGGAUUAUGCCCAGGUGUCCCCUUUGAGAAAUGAAAAGCGAGGCUCGUCCUAUCUCAUCUCUGCCCCAGAAGGUGGCACAGUGGAGCUCACUGACCAGCAUCCUCAGGGCACGGGAGCAUGUUACACGGAAACCUACCUAAAAAAGAAGCGUGUGUACUAAGCUGGGUGUUCUUCCAUGUCCUGUGGUCCUCUGCAGCCUGCUGCCCAUCGCUGCCUUAAUUUCAUCCACACUAGCCAUAUCCUUUCAAUACGGGUUUCUAACUUCCCAGAAGGAACUGUUGUGCAGCAGGCAGAAUAGCCAAAUAUCCAAGUAGCAAUAAGAAAAGGCAUCAAGUGAGGACAUUUUCCACUAGUUAGAUGUGUCUUAAUCCAUGUGACAAUUCACAGUUCACUGGAGAAACAACAUUCCAACAUUCCUUAUUUGGGGCCUGGGAACAAUUUUGACAUCACAUAUGAAAAUUUGAAGCAAUAAAAAGGGAAACUGAGUCUUGUUUCCUUAGCCUUAGAAUGAAUUUCUUAUAAGCCAAUGUGCAUUUCACUUUACUCUCCCUAGAAGUAAUCUCAUUUGUUGACUAAGAACCUCUGCUAGAACUGUAAGGGUGCAAGUACCACACAAGGUGAUAGGUAUGCUACAUAGAUGCUCUUCUUGAAAAAUCCAUCAUCUCCACACCAGCCACGAAACACAACACCAAACCCAAUGGCACAGUGGGAGUGAUGUCCAAGGAAUCCUCUGCUGCAGAUGCUUGGCUUCCAUAGUGUUAUUUUUACCUUUUGGGGAAAACACAAAGUAUUCCAGGAAAAGUAACAUUGGUGACCUAAUACAAGGGUUAGCCAAGUAUACUAGGGCCGCAUGUGGUCCAUGAACUGUCUUUGAGCUGUGUAUGAAUGAUGCGCACGUUUUUAAAAGCUUGGGGGGGGGGGAGAGGUUGGAUUAUAUGACACGAAACUUAUAUCAAACUCAAAUUUUAGUGUCCCCAAGAUUUGAAUGGAACACAGUGAGGGUCACUCAUUUACUUGUUAUGCAGUUACUUUUGUGCCACAAUGGAAAAUAAGUAGCCCUCAGCAGAUCAUACAGUCUGCAAAGGCUAGAAUGUACACUCUGGUCCUUCAUGGAAAAGAUUUGCUGACCCCAGGCUUAAUCAGACUAAUUCUCUAUUCCUUUUAUCUUAGCUGAAGACCUUUGAGACAGACUUGUACCCAACAGGGAGCCAAGGUCUCUGUGCCUUGUUUCAUAUCACACUGGUGAUGGUGCAGUAACAGGACCAUUUUGAUCACUGAAUGCCCUAUUGCCACCACACGGUAGACAGUACCACCCUUUGUGAAGGGGUCUGCACACACACCAUAUUUGGAAUGAUGUUGGGCUAGUAAGCUCUACUUCACUCUCUGGUUUCUCAUUCUUUGGGAGUGCGUUUAGGUUAAAAAAUAUUGACUUUUAAUCCAAUUUACUUGUGAAAGAAUUUGUGUCUUUAUUAAUGUGAGUUCUGACCUCACCAUGUUCUAAAGAUUAAGUGCAUGAGAAACCUUUGCCAUCUAGAUGUUUGUUCACUGUUAAUGAGAUUAUAACUGAUGGGACUUUGGAAUCUCAAUGAUCCUAGUCUUUAGGAUCAGAUCACUAAAACAUCUUAUUUGGGGCACUUAUUUUUGAUUAUGAUACAGAUAUCCCAUGUUAAUUAUAACAUAUAAAACUGAUAUGUUGUAUGCUUUGUAAAGAGUUUUGGUCUAAUUUAUUGCACAUACUAGCUUUCAUUGAAAAAUGACAGCUAAAAACUAAACUAAGACAAUUCUAAUUCUAGAAGCUGUAAGUGACUGAUGAAGAGGCACACUAUUGACUUCUCCACACCCUACACUUCCCUUUCCCAUUGUGCUGCUGCAUUCAGCCUUGUCAGCAUCUGGCUCAGUCUUUACCUUGUGCAAACAGAACAUAGGGAAGAUGGUCAAUUCUCCAAUGGAGCUGCAAAGUCAGAGGAGGAAGAGGUUGAAAGAACUUAAAGAUGCUUUGAAUUAUAGCACAUGUACCCCGUUAUCACUGGACAGAUGAGAUGUGCAAAUCAAGUGGUGUCAGUAUAAGGACUGUUGCAAAUCCUCCCCCCCUCAGAAACGUAUUAUUAACCUGUUAUUAUUAACCUGUUAUUUUUCUAUGUAAGCUAGUGGUUGGAAAUGCUUUGAAAAUGAAGAGUUAAAAUUAAAAGGCAUAUGCAUGUAAAGUCUUUAGUAUAUUUAUUUAUAUAAAGAGUAAACAAAGUGCAUAGAGAGUGGGCCACAGGUUUGACAUAAACAGACACCUUGGUGAUGUACAGCAAAUGAAUAAAUUGAAAUGGCAAGUUUAUUCUUGCCAUUGAAGCAAUCCAGAAUUGUCUUGGGUUCUCAAAAGGUGAAAGGAUAUCAAAUGAGUACUAGAUAGCAUUAAUAAGUUUAUCAGACUCUUGGUCAUAAAGAACUUUAUGGUUCAUGUAGAAUCAGAAACCAAACUUUUCUUUUUUUUUUUUAUUACCUAGCUACCUCUAAUCAAAGUGAAAACUGUUUAGUAAUUCUGAACUCUGGUGUGCCUCUGGCUGGGUCUUUCUAGUUUUGCACUAUAAAGUAAUGGUCAAAAUAGUGACUGACCUUUUGUAGGUGGUGUUAUCAUCUGUUAGCAUAUAGCAUUUAAACCCAAUGCUUGACUAGCUUGCUCCCAAGGAGCAGUUACAAAAGGGUAUGCACUGAUGUUUCUUAAAGGCGUAUGUAAUAGCAUCCAGGUCCAGGAAGUCUGUCUGAUUAAAGCAGGCUGUAUAGGAAAGUAUGGGCACAGGCUCAGUUCAAGAAGUAACAUGCAGAGUGUCUAUGCCAUGCUGUCUCCCUGUGUAGAACCAGUGCUCUCCACAAUGGGUACCAGUGGUUAGCCAAGAGAACAGUGGCUGGGCUACUGCACAAACAGCUUGAAGUUUCAGUGCUGUUGGGUGGCAGGAAUACACGCAUUUUUGUAUAGAAACAAUAACAUACUAACUGGUUAUCUACUAUUUUAAGACUGCUUGGACUAUCACUGUAUAGAUAGUGAAAUUUCAGGGUAAGGCAGAGUUUCAGCUAAGUCCACCAGUUUUAUCUAAGAUUAAUAGGCCAGCAAAACAUCUGAGGUUCCUGGCAGCUGGGAAGAGCAAUCACUCUGAGGCACUGCUAAGGCCAAGAGUCCUUUGUUAUGCAAUUCAGGGUCUAAUCUUUCCGAAAGGAGGAGUGCUUAGGUGAAUUCUAGUAUUUUGGUUGUCAUUAUUUGUCACUAAAUUUAAGAUGUGUCAAAUUUAAAGAGAAAGUUUCACACAUUAAGCAACACAGUAUGACAUAUGCAUGUACUCAAGUAUUUGUUGAGAGACUUUUUA